UACUCAAAAACUAAUCGAUCUCCCCAGAAAAAAGAAUUAAAAAUAAAAAACAGGAAAAACCAGAGAAAAGAAGAACCAUGAAACUGGUUUUGAAUUUUUGUGUUUUUGUGAUCUUCAUUGUUCUUCUUUCUGGAAUCAGUUGUUCUUCUUCUUCCCAGAUUUCAUAUGAUGCUUUAGAAUCUCAUGGAACAACUGGCCGUACUCUUCUUCAACAAAAGAAAGCCUGUCCUAUAGAUUUUGAGAAGGAGAAUUACACAAUCAUCACAAGCCAAUGCAAAGGACCAAAUUACCCAGCCAACAUUUGCUGCAAUGCCUUCAAAGAAUUUGCUUGUCCAUUUGCAGAUUCCAUCAAUGACAUGAAUUCUGAUUGUGCUAACACCAUGUUUAGUUACAUCAAUCUCUACGGCAGGUACCCUCCCGGUCUCUUCGCUAACAUCUGCAAGGAAGGCCAAGAAGGACUUUCUUGCGAAGGAAUUGGUCCCAAGACUAGUCAAACAGGACGAACUCACCAGGUUACGCUUUCUCCUUACUCGAUAUCGUUGAUGCUCGUAGCUACCUUUUCCCUCUUGUUCUUCCACCUUCUCUGAAAUUUUCCUUUUAUGGCAAACAUGUUUUGUGUGUUUUCUUAAUGUUGUAUUGGUUCUUAAUUUGUAUUGUUCAAGUGGGAUUGGAGUAAUUAAGAAUGUCAGCCAUUGAUUUUACUCUGUAACUAAUUUGAUUGUGUGCCUAAA